AUGCUAAACAGAUGUGUGACUAAAUACUUAUCAGGAGUUGGAUACAUAUUCCUGGCGAUCUAUACGGCGGAGAUGAUAAUUAAGUGUAUUGCAAAAGGAUUCAUAUUAAACAAGUAUACGUACCUACGGAAUCCGUGGAAUUGGUUGGAUUUUGUUGUAAUCACAUCUGGAUACGCCACCAUUGGCAUGGAGGUCGGAAACUUGGCCGGUUUACGAACAUUUCGUGUUUUACGAGCGCUGAAAACGGUUUCUAUUAUGCCUGGUCUGAAAACCAUCAUCAACGCACUCCUCCACUCGUUCAAGCAGCUGGCGGAAGUAAUGACGUUAACAAUAUUCUGUUUAAUGGUAUUCGCAUUAUUUGCCCUGCAAGUGUACAUGGGAGAACUGAGAAACAAAUGUGUGAAGAAUUUGGAGUUACCCGUGGGAGAGAACUUCACUGAUGAGCUUUGGGCGGAAUGGAUAAAGAUACCUGACCAUUGGAUGAUGAAUGGUGAUGAGCUUCCAACCCUAUGCGGGAACCUCACAGGCGCCAGGCACUGUCCUGCAGGUUACACGUGUCUCUGUGUGGGGCCUAACCCGAACCAUGGCUACACCAAUUUCGAUAAUUUCCUCUGGUCCAUGCUGACAACAUUCCAACUCAUCACCCUGGAUUAUUGGGAGAAUGUAUAUAAUAUGGUGCUAUCAUCGUGUGGUCCAAUGUCUGUGUCUUUUUUCACUGUGGUGGUGUUUUUUGGAUCCUUCUACCUGAUUAACUUGAUGUUGGCUGUCGUAGCGCUCAGCUACGAAGAAGAAUCUCAGAUCACACAGGAGGAAAGAAAGAAAGAUUUGAACGAACACCGCGAAGAUUCAACAUUUAGCUUCGAUCCAUCAUCACUGGCAGUUCGGACCCUAGGAAAAGACAAAAAGAAGAGAAUAGAUGCGAGAAAGGGUCUUUUAUUGGCUUCCUACUCAAGAAAAAGGACACGGAGACGCAAACGAGGCAAGACUGUCCAUCACGCAGUUACAGGACCUGAGGAAGCUAAUAAUAGAUCACGAUCCCGUUCACGGUCGCGGUCAGUGACUCCAAGUGGUUCCCCACCACCAUUACCACCAGUACAACCUCCACCGCCACCACCACAUACAUUACAUCCUGAUAAUGCUUUAGGCCGUGGUGCACUAAGUGUCGCUGGGAGACAGCUUAGUGACCACAGCAACAAUAGGGAAUCCUCUCUUGACGAUUCUGGAGUGGUGGAUGAUCAUGACGAUGGAGAGCACACGUCUGAUGAUCAAGCACCUCAUUCGCUGCCAAGAAGACAUUUGCUCCCACCUCCGCCUCACCCGCCUAUCACUGUUACAAUGAAACUGGAAACAAAGAACCCGGAAUCCAAGAAAAAGAACGGCGCAAAAUCUGAAACGGAAAUUGAUAUAGCGAAAAAAGAGAGAUGUAGCAUUCAAGAACGGUAUCCAUUGAAUCCCGACUACCUCAACCAGAUCGUGGUACUAGGGGCGGACUGGCCAUACAAACACGCGCCCGAACUCCCGCAAGCGGAGGCGACGAAAAUUAAUGAGCUCAGUUUAUUGGCAGCCACGCACAAAACUCAUAUGGGCAAUUACGAGCAAAAUUGCACUUAUUUCACAGAUGAACUCGUGGAUAGAAAUUGUGAGUGCUGCGUCACAUGUUGUAUAGACUAUGAGGGUUGGCUGCAAUUCCAGAAUGGAUUGUAUGAACACCAUGGGAUGAGUGAGAAUGUUAGACAAGCUUUAGAUAUAGGGAAUAAGGUGUUUACUUCUAUUUUUUCUUUAGAGUGUAUUAUGAAAGUGAUGGCAAUGAGCAAAGAUUACUUUGCGUGUGGUUGGAAUAUAUUUGAUUUGAUCAUUGUAUCGGCCAGUCUUUUAGAUCUAAUCUUUGAACUUGUGGAUGGGCUGUCUGUUUUGAGAGGUUUGCGAUUGUUACGAGUAUUAAAGUUAGCUCAAUCAUGGACAACAAUGAAAGUAUUGUUGAGUAUAAUAAUAUCAACUAUAGGUGCUCUCGGAAACCUUACUUUCGUGUUAGUUAUAGUGAUAUACAUAUUCGCCGUUAUCGGUAUGCAGUUGUUUUCAAAAUCAUAUACACCGGAUAAGUUUGACCCAGACCCAGUGCCAAGGUGGAACUUCAACGAUUUUUUUCAUUCAUUCAUGAUGAUUUUUCGAAUUCUCUGUGGUGAGUGGAUAGAGCCUCUAUGGGACUGUAUGAGAGCGGAGCAGGCAAGCGGUGCCGAAAGCUGUUUCUUUAUAUUCCUUCCCGCACUUGUUAUGGGCAAUUUCAUGGUACUAAAUCUCUUUCUUGCCUUGCUGCUCAAUAGUUUUAACAGCGAAGAGUUGAAGAAUAGGAAAGAAGAAGUCGGAGAGGAUUCAAAGUUAGCCAAAAGUUUCGAUAGAUUACGUUCAAUAGUGAGAAAAAAAGGUUUCCUUAUAUCCAAAAGUAAAGAGACUGAGAAGAAAUCCAAGUUAGAAGAGUUAGUCAACGAAUUCAUGUUGCAACAUCGCACCAUGAAGGAGGCAAAAACCUCAAUUCCAAGUGAACAGCGCUUUUCGGGGUCCAUUCAGGAAACCAUACUAUUUCCCCACGACAAUAUCUAUAGUCAUAGUUAUCAGGAAGCACUUAACAGGCCUAUCUCUGUAGGAUCCGAUUUCGCGUAUCCCAAUCUCUACCAAAUGGGUAACCAUGGCAGCCAAGAAACGCUAAAGGAUGUACGGGAUUUGGCGACUGAACAUAAAAUAACCAGUAUCAGAGAGGAUUCAAAGGAGAACCUCGAUGAUACGACAGACCAAGUUGCCGCUCAGAGGCUUCUCAAUCAGAUGUCUUCGGGAUAUCACACACAACCGUCUGAUUCAAGGGACGACAAUGAACACUACGAAAUGACCCAAAUAUCGUGCAAGACUACACCGGAGAAAUCCCGACGGCAAGAGUUAGCAAAAUUUACCAGAGACAUUAAGAAGCCCGGCGAAGAGGACAUGAAGCGUCCCUGGCAAACCCUGGUCUCAUACGUAGAUGAGUUAACCGUGGGUGGAAGGAAGAACUCACAAGGACAGUACACUGACGCGAUGGGAAAAUUUCCAGGAUUUGGAAAACGGAAAGAACCAAAAGAUCCAGAAAAUUGCUUUCCACGUCAAUGUUAUAAAGCGUGUUCGUGUUGGGACGCCUGCAUACAAACAAAGUUAGGCCAGAAGUGGAUGUUCAUUCGCACAUACAUCCUUCGUUACGUGGACACACCCGCGUUCGAAUGGUUCGUGUUGGUGCUCAUCUUCGCGUCCAGCAUCACUCUGUGUUUCGAAGACAUCCAUUUGGAGAAGAACAUUCCACUCAAGAAAAUAUUGUACUGGACCAAUCUCAGCUUCUGCAUGAUUUUCGUGAUCGAGAUGUUUUUCAAAUGGAUCGCUUUGGGGUUCUACAGAUAUUUUACGAGUUUCUGGACGCUAUUAGAUUUUACGAUAGUUUUUGUUUCAGUGUUUAGUUUAUUGAUAGAGGAGAAUGAGAAUUUAAAAGUGUUACGAUCUUUAAGAACAUUACGGGCCUUGAGACCUCUGAGAGCGAUUUCAAGAUGGCAAGGCAUGAGGAUUGUAGUUAAUGCGCUAAUGUAUGCAAUACCUAGUAUUUUCAAUGUACUACUGGUGUGUCUAGUGUUUUGGUUAAUCUUUUCGAUAAUGGGAGUGCAGUUUUUUGGCGGGAAGUUUUUUAAAUGUGUGGAUGAGGACGGAGAUUUGUUACCCUUAGAGAUAGUUAAUGACAAGUGGGAGUGUUAUUAUAACAACUUUUCAUGGAUAAAUUCUAAGAUAUCUUUCGACCACGUUGGUAUAGCAUACUUAGCAUUAUUCCAAGUGGCAACUUUCGAGGGUUGGAUGGAGGUAAUGGCUGACGCAGUGGACGCCAGAGGAGUAGACCUUCAACCGGCGAGAGAAGCCAACAUCUACGCCUACAUUUACUUCAUAAUAUUCAUUGUAUGCGGAUCAUUCUUCACACUUAAUCUAUUUAUAGGAGUUAUUAUAGAUAACUUCAAUAUGCUCAAAAAGAAGUACGAGGGAGGCGUGCUAGAGAUGUUUCUGACGGAAAGCCAGAAGCAUUAUUACACCGCGAUGAAGAAAUUGGGCAGAAAAAAGCCACAGAAAGUAAUAAAGAGGCCGAGGAAUCAAUUUUUAGCGAUGUUUUACGAUUUGUCGAAUUCGCGUAGAUUUGAAAUAGCGAUUUUCGUAUUGAUAUUCUUGAAUAUGCUCACGAUGGGCAUAGAGCAUUAUGACCAACCGCAUUCCGUUUUCUUCGUGCUAGAAGUUAGUAACGCGUUUUUUACAACGGUUUUCGGAUUAGAGGCAAUAGUAAAAAUUAUAGGUCUAAGGUAUCAUUAUUUCACGGUCCCGUGGAACGUAUUCGACUUUCUUCUAGUCUUGGCCUCAAUAUUAGGUAUAUUAAUGGAGGAUAUCAUGAUCGAUUUACCGAUAUCGCCCACGCUUUUACGAGUAGUACGAGUUUUUCGCAUAGGAAGAAUUUUAAGACUGAUUAAAGCCGCUAAGGGCAUUAGAAAACUACUAUUCGCACUGGUCGUGUCUCUACCGGCCCUCUUCAACAUCGGUGCCUUGCUAUCAUUGAUAACGUUUAUCUACGCUAUCAUCGGGAUGUCUUUGUUCGGCCACGUGAAAGAGCAAGGUGCAUUAGAUGAUAUCGUCAAUUUUCAAACGUUUGGUAGGAGUAUGCAGUUACUUUUUCGUCUAAUGACAUCAGCGGGAUGGAACGAUGUCCUAGAAUCGCUUAUGAUUCAGCCCCCAGACUGCGAACUCGGUGAUCACGGCCACUCAAAUGGAAACUGCGGAAGCCCCCUCUUAGCGAUCACAUACUUCACUUCAUUCAUUAUUAUUAGCUAUAUGAUUGUGAUAAACAUGUACAUAGCGAUAAUUCUAGAGAAUUUUAACCAAGCUCAUCAAGAGGAAGAGAUUGGUAUAGUUGAAGAUGACCUUGAAAUGUUUUAUAUUCGAUGGUCUAAGUACGACCCCCACGCAACACAAUUCAUAAGUUUUGCUCAACUUUCAGACUUUAUAGCGUCUUUAGAUCCCCCUCUAGGUAUAUCUAAACCAAAUACAGUAGCGCUAGUCAGUUUUAACCUACCCAUUGCAAGGGGUAACAAAAUCCAUUGUUUAGACAUAUUACAUGCCCUUGUGAAGCAUGUGUUAGGGCACGUGGAGGAAACAGAUACAUUCCGACAGCUUCAAGAGCAGAUGGAUAUUAAGUUCAAGAAACAAUUUCCGACAAGGAAGGAAUUGGAAAUCGUUUCUUCUACGAGAAUAUGGAAGAGGGAGGAUAAGGCGGCGCGCACGGUGCAACGGACGUGGAGGGAUUACCAGAAGCGUAAAAAUCGCAGCCCAUCGCAAGAGGAGGAGAGUACUAAAUGGUCACCCGGCGGUGGUUGGGGUGGCCGACUUAGUGCCUUGCUCCACGUACGAAGGGGAUCACACGCUUCAAGCAGGAAGUCUUCUAGAGCCUCUGACGCCUCCGAUAUCAGCGAGAUCGGAGGCGCAUGGCUCAAUCUGCCGCUAUUAUUACUACCUGGAGCGCCACCAGGUGACCAGGCUAGCGGUUCAGAGGGACCUCCCCCACGACGGAGGUCAGCGUACGGUUUGCCACUAUUUCUUCGUCAUCAAGACGCCGUAGAUGAAGACGGUGGCCCGAAACGAGCAGGUUCCCUUCGGUUAACGUCCCGAAAUUCCGCGCGACGAGCCACAACCCCAGCGAGAGUUUGCACUCCAUCGCCCAACGCGAACAGUUUAGUCAGUAUUUUAGUCACCGAGGCGUCUCCGGACGCCGUCCCACCCCCUUCGGCACCCCCCACCGUCGUCAAAGUAUUAGUACACAGAGAGAGCGACGAACAACCCAGCUGA